AUGCGGCUCACCUGGCUCUCGCCACUCUCUCUCUCUCAUUCCACCAUGUUCACUGACAGUGACUCUUCCUCUGACACCUCUGACGGUGGGAAGACUUUGACGCCUCAAGCUCAGGGUGGCGUUGGCCUCUCGGAUCCCACCAUCGCCAGAGGGCGUCGAGCUAUGCUGGACCUUGUCAAUCGCUUGCAAAACACGGGCGUCCAGCUUGACAUUGACCUGCCCCGAAUUGCAGUCAUCGGCAGCCAAAGUGCGGGCAAGUCGUCCCUCAUCGAGUCCAUUUCUGGAGUAUCGCUUCCUCGAGCUGCUGGAACAUGCACUCGUUGCCCCACGGAGUGCCGCCUCUCUCGAUCGGACGGCCCCUGGAAAUGCACCGUCGAGCUGCGUUUCAUCACUGACGCGAACGGAGUGCCGCUUGGCCACGCACGCACCGAACCUUUUGGCGACCCCGUGUCUCACAAAGCCGAAGUCGAAGACCGCAUUCGUCGUGCUCAGCGGGCGAUCCUCAAUCCUAGCAAAUCGGCGCAGUCCUUUCUCGCCGACGAAAACGAGGACGGAUACCCAGACGAGGUGUCAUUCUCGACCAACUUUAUCUCCCUCUCGAUCAGUGGGCCCAACUUGGCGGAUUUGUCGUUUGUCGAUUUGCCAGGUCUUAUUGCCAGCGUCAGUCGCGGUGGAGACGAUCGCGAUAUCAAGAUGGUCGAGCGCCUUGUGGAGUCCUAUAUCUGCAAGCCGAGCUGUGUGAUUCUUCUUACUGUGGCUUGCGAAACGGAUUUUGAGAAUCAAGGAGCCCACCAUUUGACAAAGAAACAUGACCCUGAAGGAAAACGGACUAUUGGUGUCCUCACCAAGCCGGAUCGUAUCCCUACCGGGGAGGAGGAACACUGGCUUCCACUCCUUCGCAACGAAAUGGAGCCCCUCGAAAACAACUGGUACUGCGUCAAGCAGCCAAGUUCCGCGGACAUGAAACAGGGCAUGAACUGGAGCGAGGCUCGCGAGAGCGAAAACGACUUUUUCCGCUUGACACCAGCCUGGGCAAGUCUCGAUUCGAUGUACCACAAGUAUUUGCGCACGCCCAACCUUGUGGACCGGCUCAGCGCUAUUUUGUCCGACCUUAUUGCGAAACGACUGCCUGAAAUCCAGGUCGAGCUGGACAAGUCGAUUCAGCAGACUUACGACAGCCUUCAGCAACUUCCGAAUCCGCCAUCAGCCGAUCCCGUCGCAGAGGUUGCCGCGAUGCUUUCUGCGUUUGUACAAGACCUCAAGCAGAUGGUCGACGGAGUUCCUCGCGUGGAUGGGCUCAUUCAGCGCAUUCGACCGGCCCAGGAGAAGUUCCGCGAUGCCAUUCAGCACACGGUACCGAACUUCUGCCCCCUUGAUGGCUCCACUCAUGCUAAGGUCGCUGACGACCUUGACUUCGAGGCGCUCUUAGCUAUACCAGAGGGCGAAGAGGUGCCGGAUGGGGAGACGAUCUUCGUUGACGAAGUCGCUAAACGAGCUAACGAUGCUCGUGCGCGCGAGCUUCCAGGACACCAUCCUUUCUUUGUCCAAGUCUCAUUCAUCCAAGAGUUUACUGCGAAAUGGGAUGCACCGGCCCAUAUCCUCUGCCGUUCUAUCAGUGCUACUCUGGGAGAACAGAUCAAGGUGUUGGUCUCUCAGCACUUCUCGGCAUUCGGACAAGGGGGUUUGGAGAAUCGCAUUAUGAUUCUCUUGCAGCAACAUUUGAAGAAACGCACCGAAGAAGCCGGAGCGCUUGUGAAGAAGCUAAUCCUGCUUGAAACCCCCGCACCCAUGACGUUUAACGACCACUACCUGGCGGACUACCGCGCCAAGUAUCUCGCCCGCUAUCGAACCACGCGCAAACGGGCGACAAACAACCAGUUUGCGACUGAGAUCGACAACUAUGCGCAGGCCGGUGACUCCAAAAACGACAGCGUGCUCGGCACAAUCAACUCGAUUUUGGGGCAGUUUGCGACGAUGGGGCUGAGCGGGCUGAAGGCAGAGGACUUUGCGAAGCUGCUGCCGCAGGACCAGAUGGAGCCGGCCCUGGCAAUCAUGGCGGAUGUGCGGGCUUACUUCCAAGUCGCUUAUAAGCGGGUUAUCGACAAUAUCCCGCUUGCGAUCGACUACGAGCUCGUGCGCGGCGUGGGCCGCGACCUGCUCCCGCUGCUGUAUACGAAUCUCGGUAUCGGCGGGAAGGAGGGUGACCGGAUCUGCCGCGAGCUGGCCCAAGAAAGUCCAAGUGUGGCGAACAAGCGGGAGGAGCUGACGAAGAAGAGGGAGCGGCUGGAGACUGCUAGCCAGGAGCUCGUUAAGAUUGAGCUGUGA